UCUCCUGAUUUCUGAAGAUCAUGUGACACUGAAGACUGGAGGAAUGAUCUUAUUUCACAAUAUUAAUGCUUUUGCUGUAUUUUGGAUCAAAUAGAUGCAAGCUUGGUAGCAGAAGAGACUCCUCUGUUAAAAAAAAUUCAAAAUCUUACUGUUCAGAAACUUUUGACUGCUAGUGUGUAUCAUUUUAAUCUCUCGUAGCAUUUAUAUAUUGUGUGUAUUUCUGCUUUUAAAACCUUCAGUCUACUGACAUUUAUCAUGACAUCCACUUUGAACAUAACCUUGCACUUAUUAACUUGUGCAAAAAGUUUUGCUAUAUAUAUAUAAUAAUUUCUCAUUUUUAUAGCACAAGAAGGAUUUAUUAAAAUUGUUUUAUGGGUAUGUAAUGUGUGUAUAUAUAAUGUUGCAAGCAGACAGAAAAUAGAAAUAAGUACAUAAACAGCUCAAUCAGAAAUUAUCUUUGUAUUUGUGUCUUUCUUUGUUUCUCAUGGCACCAAUAUACUGCAUAAUCUACACAGAUGUCCUGUCUAUAUUCAGGAGUGUUUGACUCAGAAGUGUGCACUGUUCCCUUAAGAGCUUCAGAAGGGUGCAGGAGUGUCCAGUGCUGCUGUUGCUUAGUAACCAGUGUAAACACACACACACACACACACACACACACACUCAGGCAGUCAUGGCUUCACGGGAUCUGGACGCAGAGUUGGUCAGAUCGGAGUCUCUGUUGGUCCGGCUGAUGGACAAACACAGGACUGGCAGAAAGAGCUCUGGUCUCCUGGAGAUUGAGAUGAAGCAGGUAAACAGUGAGGGAGGUUAGUUAGCAGCAGACGGACAGAAGAGCAGCAUGGAGAGAGACACACAGAGCUCCAGGACAGAAGCAGAUCAAGAGAACGGCUCCAGUCUGUUCCACCGACGGCUGAAGCACCGCACAGAGACGAAGUUCCUGUUACACCGGCUGACUGUGAUUGGCCGUCUGUCGUGUGGAGCGGCUGACAGGAGAGCUGUGUUAGAUCACUACGAGAAGCUGAUUCUCAGUCUGCAGAGGAUCCGAGCGGGUGAAGACGUCACCGGUCUCCUGCUGCUUUACCCUCAGCACGUGCUGCUCGUCAUCGAGUGUUCGACUGAAGCUCUGCUGUCUGUCCUGCAAGACCUGCGACACAUGGAGGAGAACAGCGGUCCGAUCCUGGAGCCCCGAAUCCUGCUGGUGUCCCACGACCUUCCCAGAAGACUCUUCCAGCGCUGGAGCCACAAGCUUCUGGACGAGUCUGAGAGUCAGAGGACGCUGGUCUCAGACGAACUGAGCCCGGAGAGACUCGUGAGAGACACCCUUCAUCAGAUCCUGCGGCUCGGACGCCUCCUGCUCAACAGAACACAGCAGACCACGGGAUCUGAAGUGAUUGGGGAUGAAGUGCUGAAGGAGGCAUCGGAUGCGGUUCCUCCGCAGGCCGCAGUGACUCGUCUGCUCCAGAUGGAGACGCUGUUGAGUCCCGCGCGCUACAUCAGCACCUACCACACACCGCUACACCUGCGCCUGGACUCAGAAUCUGUGUGGCCUGCAGGGGAACAUCUUCAGAUCGUUUGAACGAUUUUAAACAUUUAAACAUUUUUUUUAAGUUUUGGUAAUGACUGAAGGCUUUAAAUGCAAUGCAUUGAAUUUUUUUUUAAUGCAUUAAUUAAUGGACUUUAUAAUGCAUUGCAUGGUUCUGAAUAAAUGAUCAUACUUAUCUAUUAAUUGUACACAGUAUAAUGCAUUAAAAUGUGACAAAUAACCAAAAGGAAUGUGCAAAUAUUAUAAUGCAUUUAACUUUACAAUUAUAUAUAAUGCAUUACAUGUACAUUAUGAAUACCUUUCAAAUGCAUUAUGCAUAAACUUAAAACUGACCUAGUUUAUUUUUAACACAUGGUCUUAUUGUGAAUGAUUCAACUAACUUUUCUUUUUAGAAGAAACAGCUUGGAAUAAAAUGCAUGUACAAAUGUAAGUCAUUAAAAAU